AUGAUCAACCCGCCCAGCUUUCCGCAGGCCCACUCCGUCGAGGACCUGUACGCGUCCGGGGGGAAGGGCUCCCUGCGCUAUGUCUUCCUGCAUGGCAACCACGCCCGCCCCAACCUGCCCACCCACGCCUGCAUCGAGGGCAAGGUGAGGCUGUUCAACCGCCAAGGAGACAUUGUUUUCGAUGACGACCCCACCCGCGCAUCCUCCCAAUACGGCUUCACCGAGGGCCGCUGCGUGUCGGUCAAUGACCAGCCGGAUGCCUAUAUCCCCGCCCGCAUGUUCGUGCAGACCCUGUUGAAGAACAUCCAGGUCCCCGGCUUGAUCGCCGCCGAGGUACCCAAAGCGAUUCUGGUUACUGGCCGAAGCGGGCUCGAUCCCAUCCCCGCCCAGGACCGCGACUACCUGGAGAGCAUGAUGCAGCGGUUGGUCCCGCGCUUCGUCUCCGUCAUCUCCGGGAAGAGUGACGCGUACCUUCCAGGCGACGCGAAGAACCUCUGCCACGAGAUCGCCGAUUCGAUGUUGAAGCCCAGGGGGGGGUCCGGGGACCUCGACCUCCUGGCCUUCCUCGACGUGUACGAGAAGCGCUAUAUCCAUAAGCCAUCCGCCACCCCGGAGGCCAUCCUGGAGUCGUGCCUGCUGCACGUUAUGAAGAUGCCCUUUGAGCUGAACUCCUCCAUCCGAUACCGUCUGAUCACCGAUUGA